UGUAAGCCUGGCUGGUACAGCCAUGAUUACCAUGAUGGGUUAUUGCCUAAGGGCAAGAAGACAAGGUAAAUAGUGCGAGAUCACUACUGCGCUGGAGUGAACAACAGUGUAACACGGACUCCCGACUCGUUUAGAAGUUGUUAGACGGACUAGACAAGAUAUACCAGCCAGACGUACUACGAGCCCAACACCCCCCACCCCCACAUCCGGAGGUAAAACAGGGUACGAUAAUAAUUCACAGCAGUGAAGAAGAUAGCAAGACUGCAGACACCUUCAGAACUUCUUAGACUACGCAGCAGCAGCAGGAUGCAGACGUUUCACGUGACGUGCCGAGCUGCUGCAGUCGGUGUCCUCGGUCUCCUGUGGGUCGUCACGGCUGUCUUCACCUGCCCGGAGAGAUGUGAUUGUGUCUCUGACAGGCUGCACGAAAUCAGUGUCUUCUGUGACGGGCGGGGGCUCACAGACGUUCCCGCCAACAUACCAUCGGAUACAACUCAUCUUUUUCUGAGUUACAACACCAUACAGAGUCUGUCUCAUGCGGAUUUCUCAAAUCUGACCAGUUUGGAACGCCUUUACCUGUACAACAAUAACAUCUCGAGUCUCCCCGCUGGAGUUUUCUCACAUCUCACCCGUCUGUUGGAGCUGGAUCUAUCUGAUAAUCAUAUAGCUGAUCUCCCGGAUGGAGUAUUCUCAAUUCUGACCAGUUUGGAAUAUCUUGACCUGUCCAACAAUAAGAUCUCGAGUCUCCCCGCUGGAGUUUUCUCACAUCUCACCCGUCUGGAGCGGCUGGAUUUAUCUGAUAACCAUAUAGCUGAUCUCCCGGAUGGAGUAUUCUCAAAUCUGACCAUUUUGGAACGCCUUUACCUGACCAACAAUAACAUCUCGAGUCUUCCUGCAGACAUCAAACACCUUUCUACCCUGACAUCCCUUGACAUAACAGGGAAUCCCUGGAGGUGUGACUGUAGUUUACAUGAUAUAAUGACUUCGCAACGUGUGCGCGGUUCAAUUGGCGAUAACUCUACCUGCAGCUCCCCUCCCCACAUGAAAGACGACGCGCUGACCGACGUUGUGUCAGGCAGGAUUUGUAACGGUCGCGGGGUCUGCCCCACGGGAAGUACAGAGGGCACUUGUGCUUGUGACGUCGGCUGGACUGGCCCAUACUGUGGCGAAGAACUUAACAUUGCCCUUGGAAAGAACGCAACGCAGAGUAGCACCGACGCCUGGAAUGGUGCCGAGAAGGCUGUGGAUGGUGAUUACAAUGAAUGUGCUACCACUACCACAGGUCUGUCAUCACCAUGGUGGCAGGUGGACCUGGCAGGUUUCUACAGAGUCAGCAGGGUCAGCGUUCAGAGUAACUUUUUUGGGUCCGGGGAUGGUAGGGUACGAGUUGGUCCGAACGAGAACUUGACCCAGAAUGACCAGUGCGGACAGACUUUCCAACUCUACCCUCCGCCGCCCGAAUGGCGAAUUGCGUAUUGCGAACAGCCUUUAUUCGGCCGUUAUGUGUCAAUAGAGUAUGUGGGGCGAAUCUACAGCGGCUUUUUACUGUGCGAGGUAGAGGUCUAUGUUACAGAUAUCUGCUGUGACGAUACCAUAAAACUGAAGAACGGCCAGGUCACUGCUACCGACGGCUACUGCUCUAAGAGCGACAUCCAGUUCUCCUGUGACAGGUACGAGCUAGUCGGCAACCCUGCCACCUGCCAAAAGAACGGGAGUUGGGACCGAGAAUUUCCGACUUGCCAACGGACCUGCUGUGACAACACAACCAGGAUAAAGAACGGCCAGAUCACGGUUGAUAAUGACUACUGCUCUGGGAAUUCCAUCCAGUUCUCUUGUGAUACUGGAUAUCAGCUUGUCGGCAGCUCUUUCGCUUCCUGUCGGGACAAAAAUUGGGACAGGGAGAUUCCGACAUGCCAACAGGAAAGUCGCACGUCCACUGAAGCCAUUAUCGGCGGCACCAGUGCCGGUAUCGCCGCAUUGCUGAUUGUGGCAGCUGUCGUCUUCACGGUGUACUUAAGACGUCGGAGGAAGAAAAGAAAAGAAGAAGACUACGAACUAUCGACUGUUUACUUUGUACCAGAUGAUGUUAUCAUCCAUAGGAGGAGAUUGGAGGAGAUGGUCCCGCUGGUUCCUGCCCGACCACAGUUCCCGAAGUUAGAGACCGACCCCAGCCGGGUGACGCUUGGUGAGAAGAUCGGCAGCGGGGCGUUCGGCAUCGUUUACCGGGCAACCCUGACGCGGGACGACCGGACGGAGGACGUCGUCGUAAAAACUCUGAAAGAAAACGCCAGUGAGGAUGACAAGCUGGGUUUCCUGGAGGAAAUCCGUGCAGUUGUGGACCUGGGGGUUCAUAAGAACCUGCUGGGUUUGCUCGGCUGCUGCACGGUGGUACGAGACCAUCUGUAUCUCAUCACGGAGCUCAUGCCGUACGGAGACCUGAAGAGCUUCUUGAGAAAAUGCCGGGAGGAAGCGACCUCUGAUGAACCUGGAGACGAUAUCUACACCUUUGAGGUUAUGCAGAUGUAUCAGGUGGCCCGGCAGAUCGCUAGAGGCAUGGAUCACAUCGCCCGGUCUCGUUACGUCCACGGAGACCUGGCCGCUCGGAACGUGCUGGUCGGAAAACGCCUGCAUGUGAAGAUUUCUGACUUCGGGCUGGCAGAAGACAUCUACGGCCGAGGUUACCGUCGGCAGGACCGGCUCCAGAGGGUUCCCUGGAAGUGGAUGGCGCCGGAGCGGCUGGAGGAUGGGAAAGCCUACAGCUCACAGAGCGAUGUGUGGUCCUUCGGGAUAGUGCUGUACGAGAUCUGCACGCUAGGGGGCGACCCUUACCCUGGCGUGGCAGUAUCCGAGCUGAAAGAGCGCCUACAGGCUGGAUUCAGGAUGGACCAACCUGAAGACUGCCCGCGAGCCAUGUACGAUCUGAUGCAGCAGUGUUGGCGCUGGCAGCCCAUCCAGCGGCCGCUCUUCAGCCAGCUGUAUCUAACACUGGACAAGCACCUCGCCUUCUACGGACCCGAGUACUUACUUAAUUAAUCACCUUUGCUCCCGUUGGAGACCAAGGCACCAUCAAACUUCUUCCAGCCGUUCCAAUCUUGGCCCAGCCAUCCGUUCUCAUGCCAGGUCUUUUGG